AUGGAUGUUAAAUUUUUAUAUAUAUUCCUCGUUGGAGUAUUAAUUUUAUUAAAUGAACGGAUUAAUGUAAUUGCAUUACCUGCUCUACGAGAACGUCAAGAACCUGCUGACAAUACUACACUCGGAACAUGGAAAAUUGUUGGAGAUUCCGGUGUCAGUGGCAUGCAUGCUGUCGUGGUGGCUCCCAAAAAAGUUAUCUUCAUAGAUAGACUUGAACAAAAUCAUUUAAAGAAAUCAGACGGGCUUGCAGCUAUAUCAUCAGAAUAUGAUUUAGAUACAAAUCAAGCUAGACCUCUCUCCGUUUAUACAAAUACUUUCUGUUCGGCUGGUUCCUUCUUAGCCAAUGGAACUUUAAUUGAAGCGGGUGGAAGUACCGGGGAUGAUAUUAAUUAUCGUAGUGGUUUACAAACAAUUCGCGUAUAUGAUAAAGACAUUGGAGAUUGGAUUGAAUUAGAAGGAAUUUUACCAUCAAAUAGGUGGUACCCUACCAUGAUCACCUUACCUAAUGGUAAUUUAAUGAUUCUCGGAGGUUCAACUAAAGCCGUAGCAGUUAAUAGAGCUGAUAUAAAUAAUCCAACUUUUACAAUAUAUCCACCUCCAAAUGGGGUUAUGCAAGAUCAUGAAUUUGAAUUUUUAACUGCUACUUUACCAAACAAUCUUUAUCCGAUAGUACAUUUAAUUCCAAAUGAUGAGGGAAAAGCUCUUCUUUUUGUAUUCGCCAGUAAAGAAAGCAUUGCUUUUGACCUUGGUACCGGUCAAACUGUUAAAACUUAUCCAAAAAUGCCGGGUGGAUUUCGAUCUUAUCCUUUAACUGGUACUUCAAUCAUGUUACCACUUUCACCGAUCGAUAAUUACAAACCGACAAUUAUGAUUUGUGGUGGUAAUAAAGAUCGUGAAAUUACAUCAGUAAGUGAAGCUAGUUGUGGAAGGUUAGCAUUAACUACAGAAAAUGCGGAAUGGGAAAUGGAUGAUUUCGGUGGAACACCACGUGUUAUGCCUGAUGCUACCUAUUUAGUGGAUGGAACUAUCUUAUUCGUUAAUGGUGCUGGAACUGGUUUUGCUGGGCUUCGUAAAGGUCAAGGCGCCAAUUCUUUAUAUACCGCUGAUAAUCCCGUAUUAUUCCCUACCCAUUAUGAUCCAAUUGCUAAAACAUAUAAAGCUCUUGCUUCGACAAACAUACCCAGAGUGUAUCAUUCCGUUGCUACUUUGUUACCUGAUGGUACCGUUCUUGUCGCUGGAAGUAAUCCAUCUAGCGUUGUCUCAUUAGACAUUAAAUUUCCAACUGAAUAUCGUGUUGAAAUUUUUACUCCACCUUAUCUUUAUACAUCGACCCCUCGUCCAAAUAUUAUUUCUUUACAAGACAUUCCAACUAAUCAACAAAGAAUUCCAAUAUUUUAUGAUGAAGUAAUCACUAUGGUUGUACACAUUAAAUCAUCUGAUCUUCAACCAUCUUUAAAAGCAGCUAUUAUACAUCAUGGCUUCGUCACUCACUCAACAAAUAUGAAUCAGCGUUAUGUUUACCUUAACAUUGAAAAUUUUUAUCCCGAUGAAUCAAUUGCUGAUCAAUACGUUGUAACUCUUAAAUUACCUCCAAAUCCUACGAUAAUCGCUCCCGGUCCUCAUUACAUAUAUCUUUUUAACUAUAAUGCUCCUUGUGUUAUUG